AAAAAAAAAUGCCUAUGGUUAAGCGCCUUGAAGAUGUUCACCAAGAAUUGAUGGAAAUUGCCAAAGAAUCCAAUCGUCUCUCUUAUACCAAAUACUCUCUGGACGAUGUUGAAAAGCUACAAGACAGACUUCGUAAAAUUGAUUCUCAAUAUAAUGAAGGCGCAUUUAGAAAUACAGAAAUGAACUCUGUCAUUUAUGAAGAAGAAGGACAGGCUCAAGUUUCUGAUGAAUUAGAAAAAGUACAUCGCACUUUACACUGUAUGCUUUCCCGUAUUGACAAUUAAUCACUGUAAAUAAAAUCGCGCUUAAAAAAAGUCC